GGUCGAUGUAUCCCAAUGUGGGCCGGCCAUGGUCGAUGCGGUGGGACUAGAUGCCCAAUGCAGCAUGGAGGAAUUCCUGGCUGCUUGCAAUCAAUCAUGGGGAAGACGCGAACUGCGAGCAGUGCAGAACAAAUUGGAACGGAUAGGUGUCCAAAAGGUGCCGGAAUUGCUUCGUUAUGAACGUGCUGGGGUUUUGAAUGACAUGCUUGCUGCAGCUGGUCAACGGUGUUUUUCUUCGGCUACGCUUACAGCUUUUCGGGCAGCCCAGAGGGACGGAGGAAACUUCCAUUUCUGCCUUGGGGUGGUCCUUGCUGGCGGUGCUGCCUUGUGUCCCAGUGUUCCGGUUUUAAGCACCGGAAAUUCAAAACCUGUACCUCUUGAAGGUGAGAAUGACAACGAGAGUGACGCGGAUGAGUUGGAAGAACUUCUGAAUGAUUUCUUUUGCAGGGCAUCAGCUGUGGCAUCACGCUCAUCGACACGGGAGGCGAAUGGUUUUGACGAGGCUACCUUGCGCAGGCAGGUAAACCGUGGAUUAUCUUACAUCGAUGAAGCUGCGAAGGAGGUACACAGACGCAAUGCAAAUCUUUCACGCUGUCUUGAAGAAGUUCAAGCUGACAUCUCUCGGAUUUCAGAGCGUAUGCAGGCUGCUCGACGAGAAAGGCAACGGGGCCGUGCAGCAACAAGCGCUGCAGCACCCCGCAUGUUUUCAGAUCGCCAGUCGAUGCCGCAGACAUCGUCGCAAACCUGUGGCAAUGCCAAGAGGCGGUAUCAUGAUGAGAUGAGCUCGCAUUCCAAAGCAGCUUCCAAACCACCAACGCAGCAACAUGACCGAGGAUUCACACCGCCUUGCCCACGAGCCGCCAAGGAAGGCUUUUCCUUCGGAGGUUGGCACGCUUUGAAGCCACGACCACUAGCAAAUCAGGAGUCAUUGCAGGACUCCGUGCGAGCUCAGUUGGCUUCGCUCAAAUAUGAAACUAAAGCGAACCAAAAAGCAGGAAUUAAGCGAUUGCUUGUGAAAUGGCAUCCAGAUCGAAACCUUGAAAGCGCAGAGACAGCCACUUCUAUUUUCCAGUUCAUCCAGCAGGAGAAAGAUAAGAUGCUUGGACCAAUGUGAGUUCUGAAUGGCUUCUCCUUAGAGUCAGUGAUGGAUAUAUAGAUGAGUUUUAGUGUGAUGAGCUCGUCACUCAUCAGUUUCACGCCUUAAGAGGAACAUGAUGGAACCUUUGUAAUGCAGAGGAUCCUUUGAUUCUUCACGAUACAUCCUUUACAUUCUUUACAGUGGAGGGACCGCUGUGCACAAAGUGCCGCUCGUCGCAGAACCUCCAGGCCUUUCCAGCAAGAAAGCAC